AAUGUGCUAAGUCUGCGCUCCUGAGCGGCGCUGCCUGUGCCGCGGAGCCCAAGUGCUGGUCAGCGAUGAUGGAGUUGCUGCCAUGACAACCCCUGCAAGCCGAUGCGUGUGUGUGCUCCGGAGAGCCGGCGCGAGAGGCUGCGAUUCGGCAGAGAAGGAGAUGCGCCCAGCCAGGAGGCAGAGCGCAUCCGGGAUGCUGAACCUAGCCCUUGUCCAGGCAGCAGCAGCAACAGCCGGCACCGCCAGCUUUGCCAUGCCUUUCCUCGCAGCCUCCCUUCGCUGAGCGGCGGCGAGGAGCACAGCUGAGCCUGGAAGAGGCUCCUAUCCGCUCCCGACCACGAGCCGCAGCGCCGGGCAGCAGCGGCAGCCGGCCGGACCUUCCCUUCCAUCCUGCCUUGUGGCACCGUCGGAGCUUUUGGAGCAGGAGGCCUGUCGCUUCUCCCUCUGAGAUUACUCCGGGGGUGCUUCCCCCCCUCUUCGCCCCACCCAUUCUCCGAGUUCUUCUGCGGGGAGUUUUAUUUUUUGGAACUCCGGCCGGAGGGGCCGCUCUGGAGCGCGUCGCCUUGCGCGGCUGCGGAGCGCCGGCUGUGCCCUACCGCGCCGGAGCGCAGCGCACCUCCUCCAGCAAAGUGAGAUGCACGAACUCUUGAUCGGAAGCUCUGGUUUGUGAGGCGCGCAGCAACUUGGCCACCUUGGGGGGGCACUUCUUCUUCCUCCCUGGGACUCCGCUGGAUGCCUUUCGGGAGGCUCGGAUCUCUAAAGCUACAAACCCAAAAACUGGAUUUCUAAAGGCUCCGCCGCCCUCUCCCUCCUCAUCGUCACUUUCUCUCCUCCCCUUCUGUGCCCACACUUGGCACCGCGAGGUGUCCCUGUCAAACCAAUCUCCAUCCAUCUCUCUGGUUGUUUUAAUAAAUAUAUAUAUAUCUUUGCCUUGAGGAAAGCCCAGGAUGGGGGUCGGUGGGUGCUUAGUCCUGCCCUGGCGGUGCCUGGUCGUCCUGUCUCUCAGGCUCCUCUUCCUUGUGCCCGCAGGAGUGCCAGUGCGCAGCGGAGAUACCACCUUCCCCAAGGCGAUGGACAACGUGACCGUCCGGCAAGGGGAGAGCGCCACCCUCAGGUGCAUUGUGGAUAACCGAGUGACCCGGGUAGCCUGGCUCAACCGCAGCAGCAUUCUCUAUGCUGGCAAUGACAAGUGGUGUUUGGAUCCGCGAGUGGAGCUAAUCGCCAACACCAAGACUGACUACGCCAUCCGGAUAAACGAGGUGGACGUGUACGAUGAGGGGCCCUACACCUGCUCCGUGCAGACGGACAAUCACCCCAAGACAUCACGGGUCCAUCUCAUCGUGCAAGUACCUCCCAAAAUUGUUGAGAUCUCUUCGGACAUCUCCAUCAAUGAAGGUGGCAAUGUCAGUCUCACCUGCAUAGCUAUGGGCAGGCCGGACCCUACAAUCACUUGGAGACAUAUCUCACCCAAAGCUGUGGGAUUCAUGAGCGAAGACGAGUACUUGGAGAUCACCGGCAUCACUCGGGAGCAGUCAGGGGAGUACGAAUGCAGUGCAUCCAACGAUGUUGCCACUCCUGUGGUGCGGAGAGUAAAAGUCACAGUGAACUACCCGCCAUACAUCUCAGAUACUAAGAACACUGGGGUGCCGGUGGGACAAAAAGGCAUCCUCCAGUGUGACGCCUCUGCAGUUCCAUCAGCCGAGUUCCAGUGGUACAAGGAUGACAAAAGACUCAUUGAAGGACAGAAAGGGUUGAAAGUGGAAAACAAGGCCUUCUUCUCCCGCCUGACUUUCUUCAAUGUCUCUGAGCAGGACUAUGGAAACUAUACCUGUGUGGCCUACAACCAGCUAGGAAACACCAACGCCAGCAUCAUUCUGUACGAAAUAAGUGAGCCCACAAGCUCAACCUUGUUCCAAGAGACAACCACACUUCAGACACCCUGGAAAGGCCCUGGAGCAGUGCAUGAUGGGAACAGUGGCGGAUCAAGAAGAGUUGGCUGCAUCUGGCUGCUCCCCUUCCUUCUGUUGCAACUGCUGCCCAAGUUUUGACCCUGUCAACCAUGGCGAUAAGAUGACGACGGAGAAGAAGAAGAUAAAGAAGAUGAAGAGAAGAAUAUUACAAUUUUUUUAAAAUAAUCAUAAUAGUAAGAGUAUAUUAUGAGGAAAUAUUGGGGAGAGAGAAAGGGAAUCUGAAAAAAGAAGAGUCCAAAUUGUUCUGCUGAUGUUUCAACACAACUGAGUGUUUCGUUUUCUUUCUUUUGGGUUUUAUUUUUCUCAUCCACUCCCUCCCUCACCAUGGACAAGGAAUGCAGCUGUUGGGGACCAACCAGUGCAUUUGGCUGAGUGACCAUUGAUCCCCAUCUGCCCAUCCCCACACUAGCAAGGCAGCUGACUCAGUUUUUUCUUUUCUCUGAAAUCUGCCCAACUCUGGAGGAUUAUGGUGUCGACUACCCUGUGCACAAAAUACGUCACAGUUCCCCCCCCAACCCCACAUACACCUCUGGUCCCCUUCCCUCCUCUUCAUGGACUGCGCUGUCAGUUUGCUUCUUUGAGUGCAAACUAUGACGAAACAAUGACAGGACCACAACCACUCUGAUAAAGCAACAGCCACCACAAGCAGCUUCAAGGAAAAGGGAAAACACGAUGAUGACCCAAAAUCACAUGAUUGUUAAGACAUUGAUUCAUUGUACUACAUGGAUGUCAUGGAUAAUAAGGGAUUCUGAGUCAUUAUUAAUUUUAUUAAUUAUAUUUUCUGAUAUGAGCCUAGAACUGUUAGUUCAUAAAAAACACACCACAAAAAUACAAAAAAAGAGAGGAAAAAUGGGGUGGGGGAGAGAGAAAAGUAAGUUUAUUAUUAAGAACAAAUUGGCUAAUGGGAUUCUUAACUGGCUUACAAGGAGGUGGAAUGUCAAUGUCUCUGGCUGUUUAUCAGAUGGGUCUGGAUACAAUUUGACCCGUCCAGCAGAAGCAAGAGAGAGAGAGAGAGAGAGAGAGAGAGAGAGAGAGAGAGAGAGAGGGGACAAGCAAGUAAUGCCUCCACCAGCAUUAUCGAGUUUUCAUUCAUUAUUCUGGUGUUCAACUCAAGAAGGUUUUCCACUGUCUUCAUACUGUUUGGAAGUACAAAGGUUGAUGCUCACUGUAUCUUGAGUUAGAUGGAUAUGCUUAUUCUUUUUAUGAGCUAUAUAUAUAUAUAUAUAUAUAUAUAUAUAUAUAGUAUAUAUAAAUAUACAUACAUAUAUAUAUAAAUAUUAUAAUAAUUAUUAUUUUGUUAGCAUCCUAGCACAUUAUUUCUCAGCCAGGUCCUUCUGCCGACAUUACUGCAUGCUGUAUAUGAAGUUAGCUGUGUAUUGGUCUUUUCAGACACAAGGAUAGAGUUUUAUUGGUAACUGUGUAAUUAAUUCCUGCUUUUUCUUUUGUUUUUCUUUCUUUUUCUUUUUCUUUCCUUUUUCGGCCUUUCCGUGGGUUAUUUACAUGUUGAAGACAUUUAUAUAAAAAAAAAGAAAAGAAAAAAGAAAAGAAAGAAUGAAAAAAAAACACAUAACAAUUCUGCAGUGUCUCUUUCCAUAUAUGGAUUUCUAUAAAUGGGGAAAACAGUGGUAAUUAAAACCAACACACAACCUUUAUUUUCCCUGUGCUACACAGCUUUGGAUAGGAACACAACAAGGACACAGAGAAAAAUAAAAAUAAACGACGUUUCAGUGAAUAGUACAUCUUUUUAAAAAGAACCCUCCAACACACACAUAUGCACAUACCCCGUGUCUACUAGAGAAAUUGACUCACAUCAGUUUUGUUCUCUCUUUUCCUUUUCAAUGGAUAGAAUUGGAGAGUUGCACCUUGAUGACGGACGGUUUUGGGGAUAGCUCAGUAGAUGGAGACCUCCUUUGUCCUUGAUUUGUUUGGAGGUCAAAACUGGAGGUUGUAUCUGACUUUACAUUAAAAAGAAAAAAGAAUAUGUUCCAUGUUCCUCUUCAGACUGAUUGUGAUACCUCAUUAUUAAGCUGGUUGUGGAAGAGAUGUGCAUAUAUAGCUAAUGCAGCAAAACAAAUCAUCAAUAAAAUGUUGAACUUAAA